AUGGAUCCGAGACAGUAUGCCCGAGCAUCAGCAUCACCAUCACCAUCAACAUCAUCAGCAUCGGCAUCAGCAUCAGCCAUACCUCCACUGCCUCCGCUGCCUCCACUGCCUCCGCUGCCUCCUCCUUCUGUUGGCCAUCUUGCGCAUCAACACCAUGCGCCCAAUCAAAUCGGCAAUCAUGUCCAGCCAAGACCCAACAUGCCACUCCCCCAGGAGCCUCUACCUUCACCAUACGCCUAUCCUCGGGGUCAAGAGCGUAUGAUAAGCGAUGAUUUUCAGUCACCACCCUUCGCGAAACAGUAUUCCAUUGAUCCGUUCCAAGAGACUCGCAGAAACCACCACUCCUACCCGAAGGCAGACCAGCAUGGCGCUCCGCUACAACAUUCAACUGAGCCUACUGAAUGCGACCAGAUUCGGCGGAAUCUAUUCCUCCAAGGCGCUCAUAUCAGACCCGCUCGUGAGCGAAAUCUUCAUGCACCGCAGGAGAACCUGAGUUUGUUCGUGCAAUCACUGUCGAAUCCAUUAGGCCCUCUGGCAUCACAUUCAAUUCCUGCCUCGCCACCUCAUCUGGAACAAUCUUCAACAUCACAGGAGCUACUGGCCAAGCAACAAAUCGACCCACUAGUGCAUGCUUCCGCCACGUUUCCUCCUCCAGUCCGUAGGCAGUCGUUCAACCUGCUUCCCUAUUCUCCUCCGCCGCCUCCUCUCUCAAAGCCUUGGCAAGAGAAACAACCUCAGCAGCUAUUAUCACCAAGGCGACGUAUCACGGAUCGGCAGUGGUCAUCACGAGCGGAGCAAUCAACGGUAAUUGACCUGCCUUUAAGAACCAAUGUCUCUCCUCUACCUCCUACUCCUCGAGUUCAUCGCAAUAGCGGGAUCAUUCCAACUGGUCUCGGCCCUCGAGUUUAUCGCAAUAGCGGAGGGCACUUUGGACAUUCGUCUCGGAAAGUCGCUCCUCCUCCUCCCGGUCCUCGAGUUGAUCGCAAUGGCGGGAGUGACUUUGGACAUGCUUCUCGAAAAGUCACUGCUCCACCGCAAGGAUUCUUCGUUCCGGAUAUCUACCCAAUCAGUGAAGCCAUUCUGCCCGGAGAAUACCCUCUUUCCAGCCUACCAGAUACCACAGAGCGAACUCGGUCUGGCCAAGAAUACCAUGUUUCCUCCCCACCAGAUAGCACACAGCGAGCUCCAUUUGGCCGAGAACACCCUAUUUCCUGCCCACCAGAUACCAUACAGCGAACUCGAUCUGGCACAGAAUACUCCCUUUCCAGCCUACCAGAUAUCACACCGCGAAUUCGAUCUAGCCCUCCUCCAGCUUCAGCCAUUCUGCCAGGCGAAUACCCUCUUUCUAGCCCACCAGUUACACCGCGAACUCGAUCUGGGCCUCCUCUUUCGACCAAUGCACUAGAAGAUAUGAGCGAUCGAGUCACUCGCUUGUCCGUGUCGGCGCAAAACAACACGGAUAGCAUUCCCGCGAUGCCAGAGGUAGAACCACCACCGCCAUCACCGACACUGCCAGAACCACGACAGUCUUGUCGACCCAGCAUUCCGGCAGUUGUGAGCAAAAUCACUGCUGGUCAAAGCAGCUGGAGAAAGUGGAAUGUGAAAGAGACGUGGAAAGAUGGAACCGCUACUGCUGCUGCAUCGUAUGAUCUGGGAUGCGGAGAUUUUCAGCAAAGCGGAGGCGGAGGGCAGCGACAAACUGGCCUUCUCGCUUUCGUUUCGCUUGGCAAUUUUUGUGGAUCGGAGAAGUAUUUGGGUGCUGGAGAGGAAUCUUCUCGCUCUCGCCAGACUGAAUCGAAGGACACCCCACAAUGUAAAGAAGCAUUGCGAGAUGCGCAAGUUGACAACUUGCUGGCCUCCAAAAACAGCAGCAAUUUGAUCGAAACGCGCGCGUUGUCGGCGAAGCAGCGUAACUUGGCGAAAUCAUCAUGA